GCUGUUCGAAUAUCAAUAUUCAUCAGUUGUUUUCUUAUUCCUAAGGGACUUCUUUGCUUCUUGAGUCCCUCACAAAGCAAAUGAAAGCACCCAGAGGCUGUCUGCAUUGUUUGUGACAAGAUGGCCGCCACCUUUCCCUCAAAUGGCAGUGGGGCUGUGGGAUGAGCCAAACCAUCCUCCACAUGACAAGAGGCCAACAUCCUGUGUUGGGUUGCCAUGGAGACUGGCUGCAGCCUUUGAUGCUGACAUGGCACUAGUGAUUAAUUCCUUCAGCUACUGAAAAGUCUCUUGUGAAGCUGUCAAUGUCAUGUACUGAAAUGACUUGAUGUAUGUGUAGCUGUACUGUUGUGAGGUAGUAAGUUGUGUUGUUGUGGGAUGUGGGAUAUUUCAUCCCCCUUUUUGGAGAUACAACUAUACAGCUCACUGCCUUCUACAAUGUGGCAGCUUGAUGCCCUCUGCUGCUGCUUCCAUUCACUUCUUUUUUAAUAAGCCUUCAAAUUUGAUCAUAAAAUGUGCCAUCCGUACUAAAUCAUGUUAUAUUCAACGUUGUCAGCAUGACAACCAAUAACUCACCUUUGUUUAUUGGUACAAGACUUACUUUCCAUGUAACACUAGGAGUUGUUUAACUAUGGACAUUUUUAGACUGGCACAAAUAAAUAAAAAGAGAAAACACACUAGCUUGGCUGUUCGUUUUUCCCAGGGAUCCCUGUGGUGAUUAGAGUACAUGAAAUUGCUUGUUUCAAAGGGAGGAAAAGUGCUUAAUAUUUGGAUAACCUGGAUUUCACCGAUUUAUUGGCUCAAAAGUAGCUCUUUGAAGGCAUAAUAAUGUAACACAACAUCCACUUACACUUAAAUACUUUUCUUCCUAUAGUGAAAUUUCAGUGCAUUGGGAAACAGCGGUGUUAAGACAGGUGUUAGACAAGGAUGUCCUAUGUCAGCCUUGCGCUUCAAUUUGGCCGUUUAGUGGAUUUUGAGGCAUACAACAUUGGACUGGCCACGGGUCAUAAGCUGGACCCUCUUCUCAGCCCUUGAAGAUUUAGAUUUCAAUGAUGACCUAGCACUAGUUUCACACUCAGCAGCAUGUGCAAGUGAAAUCCACUCAUCUCAGCAUGUUUGGACAACAGGUAUGCCUAAAAACCAACCAGAAGUAAACAGAAGUGGUUGAUGCUGAAUGUCCCAAACUCCUCGUCAUUCAUACCUCUGUAGCACUGCAAGGCAUGGCGGUGGAGCAGGCAGCGACAUCGGGAAUCACCUCAACAAGGCCAGCAAUGCAUUCUGAAUGUUAACAAUGUGUGGAAAGCAUCCCAAUACAGCACCAAGAACAAACUAAGACUGUACCAGAGCUGCGUACUUUCCACCCUAAUGUACAGCUCACAAUGCUGGAGGAUGACUGAAAGAGACCUGAACAAACUGUCCAUCUUCCACACUAAUAGAAACUUUAGAAGAAUCUCAGCUCAAUAUCUUGUUGUCCGGUACAACCAAGACAAUAUGGACACUAUCAUUAUGCGAAGACGGUGGAGAUGGAUUGGGCAAGUGAUGAGAAGAAAACUAGGCAACAUCUCCUGCAUAGCCCUUCACUGGACACCAGGGAAAUGGAAGUAGGUUCAACCCAAGAAACCUGGUGUUGAACUGUAGAAGGGGAGCUCAAGAUCCUCCAUCAUACCUGGGACACCAUUCAAAACCUGGCUCAAAACAGACAGGAGUGGAAUACCUUUGUUGCUACCCUACGUGCCAGACAGCAUAACGGGCAUGAGUGAGUGGCUAUUGUGAAAUAUGUCUUGCAUUGUGUAACAAUUUGUGCAUAAUUACAUAAUAUAUAUAUCUGUGUGUAUGUGUAUAUAUAUGUAUAUAUACACACACACACACACAUAUACAUACAUAUUUAGUCAAGGCCAAAAUGAUUCAUACCAUGUGGGCUUUUUGACACAAUCUAGCAACAUUUAAAGAAUCUGGCAACAUCUGAAACAUUGUAAUUACAUAAAUAUGUAUGUGUAGAUCAGCGGUUCCCAUGAGGCACCUGCGAGCCUGGUUUUCAUUCAUGUUUUUAGUUAAUCUGAGAUACCAAACAAAGAAAUGCAUUCUGAAAUUCAAAAGGCAGAUUAACUCUUUUUUUGUCGUUGAUAUUUUAAUACAAAAUGUGAAUUGUGGAUACCAAUAGUUCUGGUAAAACAAGUAUAUUCAGUGUGUUUGGGUUGAGGUAACAUAAAUCUGUAAAAUGAACUCUCAGAAGAAACCCCUGGUCUAGAAUAUUUGACUCAACCUUAUUUUAAAACACUUACCUGAAUGUUUCAAUACUGUUUUAUAUAAAACUUUUAUCAAACUAAAACGUUUAAAAAUUGAUGCAAAAGGGCUGUCGUACAAACCAAGGUUAGUUAAUUUAAUUUAAUUAGUAUAUCCACCAAAAAUAUCAGCAUUUUACUUUUCCAACCUCAUUUGAACUUGAACAGAAACUUCCUUCAGGUGAGAGGACGUAGGAAUUUACGUUUGGUGAUGCGUCUGUCAAAUACACGAUCUUUGGCUGACCGUGACGUCACUUCUGCAUCAAAUCCAACAUGGCGAACAUUCGGUGUGUCAAGGGUAUGGUUGGUCUGGUGACAGGUGGGGCUUCAGGUCUGGGACGGGCCACCGUGGAGCGUCUGGUGCAGAGCGGAGCAUCUGCUGUGAUUCUGGACCUGCCCUCCUCUGAUGGACAAACUCUGGCGGCCAGUCUGGGGGACCGAUGUGCCUUUGCUCCUGCGGAUGUGACGUCAGAGGUGGACGUUCAGUCAGCUGUGAACUUGGCGAGAGAGAAGUUUGGCAAAUUGGACCUGGCGGUUAACUGUGCUGGUAUCGCUGUCGCAGUCAAAACCUACAACUUUAAGAAGGACGUACCUCACAGCCUGGAGGACUUUCAGCGUGUCAUCAAUGUGAAUAUCGCGGGAACCUUCAAUGUCAUUCGCCUGGCUGUGGCAGCAAUGGGCAAAAACGAGGCCGAUGCAGACGGACACAGAGGGUGCAUCAUUAACACCGCCAGCGUGGCAGCCUUUGAUGGACAGGUUGGACAAGCAGCGUAUUCAGCUUCGAAAGGUGGCAUCGUUGGAAUGACCCUUCCCAUUGCAAGAGAUCUGGCCCCUAUGGGCAUCAGGGUAAUCACCAUAGCACCUGGUCUGUUUGCUACUCCCCUCCUUGCCGGGCUUCCAGAGAAGGUGCGCUCCUUUCUUGCCCGCCAAGUGCCCUUCCCUUCACGUUUGGGUGACCCUGCUGAGUUCGCCCACCUUGUGACGUCACUAGCAGAGAACCCCAUGAUAAAUGGAGAGGUCAUUAGACUGGACGGAGCCAUUCGCAUGCAACCCUGAGUGUCUGUGUCUGUGUGUGUGUGUGUGUGUGUGUGUGUUUGUGUGUCCAUGUGCGUACACAUGUAAUUACAUUUUUAAAAAGCUGCAAGAUUGAAUAAAGGCCACCAGAUCAUCUCUGAAUGUGAAAAGAUGUGUAAAAAAAGUUGUGCAUUAUUCAGUACAUAGCAGUACUUUUUACUAUCCAGUUGUUUUGUAAACAAAUGCACAUUUAAAUAAACCUGCAAUGACUGCAUUUUGGGU